AUUCUCUCAUGCACACUACAUCCAAACAAGACGAACAAAUAGACUACACAGAAAUGGCGACAAAGAUGAUCGGAGGCUCCGACGGAAGUGCUUUGACACCGGAGGCGGAGUGUGAACCGUUGACUUAUGAGAGGAGAGUUCGAACCGACUUGGAAACUCAUCUUCCUAAACCUUAUUUGGCUAGGGGACUUGUAGCUCCAGAUGUCGAGCAUCCAAACGGAACGCUAGGGCACAGGCACCACGACAUGACUGUUCUCCAACAGCAUGUUGCUUUCUUCGAUCAAAACGACGACGGAAUCGUGUACCCGUGGGAGACGUACUCCGGAAUGCGUCAAUUAGGGUUCAAUUUCGUUAUCUCCUUCAUAGCAGCCAUUGUUAUCAACUUCGGAUUGAGCUAUCCCACACAACCUAGUUGGAUUCCUUCCCCUUUCUUCCCCGUGUACAUCCACAACAUCCAUAGAUCCAAACACGGAAGCGACUCAGGAACUUACGAUACUGAAGGAAGAUACUUACCAGUCCACUUCGAGAACAUGUUCAGCAAGUAUGCGAAAACAGUACCAGACAAGCUGACACUCGGCGAGAUUUGGAACAUGACUGAAGGGAAUCGAGUAGCUUUCGAUUUGUUCGGAUGGAUUGCAGGGAAGUUGGAGUGGGCGAUAUUGUAUGCGCUUGCUAGGGAUGAAGAAGGCAUGCUGUCGAAGGAGGCAGUAAGGCGGUGCUUUGAUGGGAGUUUGUUCGAGUAUUGUGCUAAAAUGAACCGAGCUGCGCAGGAUAAGAUGUACUAAAGAGUAAAGAUGGUUGUGUUUAAUUAUGUAAGUGAAUGACGUGGAUUAAUGUUAAUAGUUAUGUAAGUGAGUCUAUAAUAGUAGACUAUAUAUAGUUUUUAUGUUGGUUGUGUGAGGAAAUAAGAAUGUGAAAGAGAUGAUUUUUUUUUUU